AUGGAUUAUCCCAUACGCGGCUUAGAUCGUCAAACGCCCCCCUUUCUGCCUCUAGAAAUCGCCCUCCACAUCAUCGAAUGUCUUCGCCCAGAGCGAAACAACACGGUACUCCCGCCCUCGCACGAAAUCACCAAGACGCUUCUCUCAGCUAGACUAGUUUGCCACGCAGUCAACUCGACAGCAGUCAAGAUACUACACCAACAUGCCAUGUACAUUGGGACAAACGAACAGGCACAGGUCCUGUCCGCCAACCUGAUAGAUUCAACUCUGAAGCCCGGCAUAUCCAACGCUUUCAAGAGUUUAUGGUCCGAUUUCGAUACCGUGACAAACCUAGUUCUGUCACUUUUCCCAUACCCAGACGAAGAUGAGGGUACUCAUAAACGGCCAGCGGCACAAAUCGCCGCCAAUCAAGUCCAGCGAGAUAACCUGGACGACGAAAGUGACUCACAAAGUGACGCCGAAAUCAUCUCCCCCUUAAACGACAUGCCAACUGCACUCGCCCUGCGUGACAUUCUACUCACAGCAGCACCAUCCCUUCGCUCACUCGUCAUAAACAUUCCCCUGCGGAGUUUGUACCCCGAAGAUGACCACCGCUUCGUCCGCCCCAUAAUCCGCCAGGGCUUCGAAGGACUUACCAAUCUAGAAGAAUUCUGCAGCAUCCAAGAUGAGCUCUAUCUAGAUGUGUUCCACGGACAAGACCCAGUCUGGGCUGAUUACUGGCCAAAGCUACGGCGUUUACAACUAUACAACCCCAUGAUUGACGCCGACAGCGGUAUAUGGACGCAUAUGGCGCGCCUGCCGUCCCUGGAAACGGUGGUGUUUGUUCGCGCUGAUCCGGGAGACUUGGAUAUGCUGAACUUGAAGGAAAUGUGGCUUGAUGCCGUGAAUGCGGAAGUAUCUAGACCAAACGGCGUUCAGACAGCAAGAUCGAAGAACAUUACGAUCAUAAUGGUGAAUGUUCCGCCGAGUCAGCCUGAUUAUGCGCACUUUAAAGAGAAUUGGCGAGCGCUAGAUCCGGACGGUAAUGCCAGGGUGCUUCUUAAGGAUGUUCCUGUUCCGAAGAAAUAUCGGAAGAGUAAGAGGGAAUGGAAAUGGAGUCUGGAUCCGAUUGUCACGACGCAGGAUUGCGUGCUGGGUUGGGCGGCGGAUGGUGUUUUGUGGGAUGAUGAAGAUGGGACGCGGGAGGUUGCCUAG